AUGGGUGUCACAAUCGUUCUCGGUAGUCAGUGGGGUGAUGAAGGAAAGGGAAAGAUUACGGACAUGCUUUCGCAGCAGGCUACGCUUUGCUGCCGUGCCGCUGGCGGCCACAAUGCCGGCCAUACCAUUGUUCAUGGCUCUAAUACUUAUGACUUCCACAUCCUUCCCUCCGGUCUGAUCUCCCCGUCGUGCGUGAACCUGAUCGGCGCGGGUACUGUGGUGCACGUUCCCAGCUUCUUCAAGGAGUUGGCCGCUCUCGAGGAGAAGGGCCUGCAGGGCGCCAGCAAGCGCGUUUUCAUUGCGGACCGCGCCCACGUCUGUCUCGACUUGCACUCCGUCGUUGACGGUCUUGAGGAGGCCCGCCUCGGCGGUCGCAAGGUCGGCACCACCGGCAAGGGUAUUGGCCCGUGCUACAGUGACAAGGCCGCCCGCCGGGGUAUCCGUGUCGGAGAGAUCCUGGAUGAGGCGCUGUUUGAGCGCAAGCUGCGCAACCUCGAGAGCGGAUACCGCGCGCGCUUCGGCGACCUGGAGUACAACGUGGAGGACGAGAUCACUCGCUUCAAGGAGUACCGCAAGAUUCUCGGCCCUCACAUCGUCGACCAGCUGGCUUUCCUCCAGAAAUACAAGGACUCGCCCAACACCCUUGUCGAGGGCGCCAACGCCCUCAUGCUCGACUUGGACCACGGUACCUACCCCUUCGUGACCUCCUCGUCCACCGGCCUGGGCGGUGCUGUGCAGGCCCUCUCGCUCAACCCCACCAGCAUCUCGUCGAUCAUCGGUGUCGUCAAGGCCUACACCACGCGUGUCGGCUCCGGCCCCUUCCCCAGCGAGCAGCUGAACGAGUUCGGUGACAAGCUGCAGUCUGUCGGCAGGGAAUUCGGUGUCACGACCGGCCGUCGUCGCCGCUGCGGUUGGUUCGAUCUGGUCCUGUGCCGCUACUCCCAGGCCAUCAACCACUACACCGCUCUCAACCUGACCAAGCUGGAUGUGCUGGACGACUUCGAUGAGAUCAAGGUCGGCGUCGCCUAUAUCCUCCCCGACGGCACCCGCACGGAGAACACGAUCCCGGCCGAUGCCGAGGUGCUGGACAAGGUCCAGGUGGAGUACAUCACUCUGCCCGGCUGGAAGAGCAACACCAUGGGCGUCAAGAAGUACGAGGACCUCCCGGCGAACGCCCGCGCCUACAUCGAGUACAUUGAGCGCGGACUGGGCGGUGUGCCUGUGAAAUGGAUCGGUACCGGUCCCGCUAGAGACGACAUGAUCUGCCGCGAGUAG